AUGGCCAUAGUUCUGCGAUUGCAAGGCCUAGAUGUGAAGGCAGGUACAGAAGAUAUACGGACAUUCUUUGAACACCUUUGCAUACCUGAUGGUGGAGUGUACAUAUUGGGAGGAAGUCUCAGAGAGGCAUUUAUUGCCUUCACAACUGAACAAGAUGCCCAGCUUGCCAUGCGGCACACUGGGAAUUUCCUGAAAGGGUCUAAAGUGACUCUACAUAUAAGCAGCAUGGCAGAGCUGGAGCACAAGUUGAAAUUGUUGUUAAAGGGGAAGAAACCCUCCCCCACCGGGCUUAUUGUUAAGAGCCCUCAGUCAUCUCCAGAGGAGAAUCUGCUACCUUUGAAGAGAUGGCCUCUUGAUUCAAAUUCUGCAAGUCUACCUUCCUCUACUGCAGCUCCACCACCUUCUACUGCAGUGUCAUAUGGCCCCAGUUCUGCAAAUCUACAACCCUCAAAUGUUCAUUCACUUGAUUCCAAUGCAGCCUUUCUUCUUGGGGUUUGUACUGUCCUCGAAAGUCUCCAUUCUUCCAAUGCAGGCGAAAACAAUGAAGCGGUGCCAAAAGUUGAUCCUUUCCAGGUUGACAGCACAGUUGUUGCUUCUAAUGAGGUGAGGAAACCAGAGCAAACUCAGACUUCAAGGCCAGGCUAUGUAAGGCUCUUUGGUCUUCCAGCCUCAGUUACAAAAGAGGACAUCUGCCAUAUUUUCAGAGGGUUGAAAGUACAGGAAACCAUAGUGAAUGUGAUGUUGGGACUCCGCCAUGGCUGCCUUGUAAAGUUUGCAAACAUGCAGGAUGCACAUGAAGCUCUUUGCUUCAAUCAACACUCACUGGGCUCCAACUGUGUGGAGGUACGUGGAGCAACUGAGAGGAUGUGGACCAGUGCAUUACAAGAAUGUGAAACAGCUUUUGAUGUUGAGGACAGUGUGAAACCCAAGCAAAACUCUCAUAGUGAAAGUGCAACCCACAGACACAAAUUCAUUUCUACAUUGCAAAACAAAAGAAGAUCUGUCAAUUGGUUUCCAGUUCCAUCUAAAUCACCAAAAAAGCCAAGAACUGAUUGUGACUCAUCAACUCCCAUGUCAGUGACUAUGGAGUACAUUGUCAUGGUCAGUAAUAUACCCAAAAACAUGACCAAGACUGACAUAAAAGAGUUGUUUGGAUGUCCAAACAUUGCACACAAAAACGUACUACAUCUGCUUGACAAGGAAGGCAACAGAACGGACACAGCAUUUAUCAUUUUUAACCACACUGAGGAUUAUGACUAUGCAAUGAAUCUCAACGGCUGCCAUGUGGGCCCUGAUGCCAUUGAGGUCUCAUCAAUCACCAGGGAGAAGUUGAGGGCCAUGGUGGCCAAAACCAAACCUUGGAGUCUUCACCAAUAUCUGAAGUUGGACAGAAAGAGGAAACUGAUUGGAAAGAGGAAAUCCAAUUCAGCUGAGAAGCCAGGAGGGACUAACCUGGACCCAGCAGCUCAGGCAUGCCUCUUUGUUAGAAACUUGCCUGCAAAUGUACACAAAGGUCAUAUAAAAAAGCUUUUUCAUGAAUACAAACUGAGAAAUGGUAAUAUCAUCUUAUUGCGUGACAGUGAUGGCAACAGUAUUGGUGAGGCCGUGGUUCAGUUUAAAUCACAGAAACUUGCUACAAUGGCUCAGGAGCUCCACAGUCAGGACUUCCUAGGGUCAAAAGUGCUUUUGACUCCCAUAAAUGUGAAGCAGAUGGAGGACAUCUUGGCAAGAUCUGUUUGAAGAAGUUGGCUACUAGUUGAACAUUAACACUUUUGUUACAGUUUUUCCUCAGUUGAGUUGGCUCACUUCUCUAAUCACAAUUGAAGCUGUCAAAACAAUAUGUGAAAUUCUACAACAUUUUGUCACUUGUGCACAAAAGAGCAUUUCUCAUUUGUUAGUAAUAUCAAAUGUUUAAGCACAUUUAUGCAAAUGACUACACUGAAUAGUUUUACUCUAAAAAUGUUAGAUUUCUUUCAUUGUAAUUCAACACAUGCAGUACAGUCCAUAUAAUUGUCAAAAUCUGUCAAGCCCAUGUUUAAUAAAUCAAAUUGUCAAAUUGGAUUGGUUGUAAAGUCUGCUGAGUUGAUAAAUUGUUUGCAGCUGAAACUUGAACGUCGCAAAUGAAUGGAGUGUUUGUCUCAUCUUAGAUCAAAUAAUGGGACGUGUUGUCCAGUUAGUCUACAGGUGUAAGUCAUG